AUGUCGUCGUCACCGGGCCGCAGCCAGCUGCUCCCUCGGGGCAGGUCGACUGUCGGCCCGACAAAAACAGCCUGGAUCACGCGGUGCGACCACCUGCAGCCUCGGGGUGACUCAGCUGUGAGGACUCGGAGCAGGCGGCACAAGGCUAGACACAAGCCGAGGACAACACCGAGGACAGGGGACAUCGGCGAUAUCCCGGUACCGGCCUCGCGCUCCUCAACACGCCCCCAAAGUUCCUUCACGUGGAAAGACAUCUCCGUACGGGAGGACCGUCAGGAACCCCGAACAUUGGAAUCCAGCAGUAAAAGUGACGACGAAGACAUCCCCAGAGACCCUACACCGUCUCAGAAGCUCCCAGAUGAUCGGUGCGUUGCCGUUGACGAGAAAAAAGAACAACUCCAUUGCGAAGAAACCGACGAAAAGAUGUCUGUAGAGUCAAAGGUGGAAAAGGCCCCACUGAAAAGACAGCCGAGUUGUGACUCCCUCUUCACCGGGACGCACCUGAAGCCCACCGGCGUCUGGAGGCCGUACGGCCCGCCGCUGUACGGGUACGGCUCCGCCCUGAACCCUCCGCGCAGGAAAGGGCCGGACACGCUGGUCAUCCUCGCCGCCAUCUUCUACUGCCUGGCCGCCCUGACUGCUGUGGUGCUCGCUGUCCUAUUCAAGACUAAUGUCCUGUCGUUGUACACGCCCCCGGAGCCCGUACCGGCGUGGGUUCAGCAGUUUUCCCCAGAGAUGCAGAGGUGGUACCGGUUGGCGCUGGCCGGAGGGCAGGACGCGUCAGAGAUACAGCCUCCCGGCACCGUGCAGCAACCGGCCCUGCCGCCUCCUGUGGAGGAGCUUUGCAGCAACACGUCCCUCCCAGACCUACGUCACGGCAACUUCAGCUGCACCAAUAUCGCCCACUACAACAUCUACGUACGCAUGUGCAUCGCCAAGUGUCACGUGGGCUACCAGACCGAUGACGCAGGCCUGCUGUUCUGCAACCGCGGCCGAUGGGCGCCGAUCCAGCCCGAAGUCGUGUCGACACUUGUCGGCGUCGGUCGGGCUGCCGACACGAUGCCGAACACGGACCCUCGGGUGUUACAGUACCUCGGUAUCCCCGACGAACUUUACGCGGACGUGGCUUUAAAUAUUUUAGUAAAGCUUGAUUAUGUCCCUAACCUUUCUAUCGUGGAGUCAUAUCUAGACAUGAUUUCAGAAAACGAUCUCAUCGAUUUUGACAUGAUGCGGCAGUUGCUGAUAUGGGUCGGUCCAAACAUCGAGGACAUCAUCGCCAACCUGGACUUCCUGCAUAGACGUUCGGAGCUACCAGACAUCCUAUUUGCAGAACUGUGA